AUGGCGGGUAAGCAAAUCGGCGGCGACGGUGGUUUACCGGCAAAUCUCGCCGGAAUGACAAAAAGUCAGCUCUACGAUAUUAUGUCUCAGAUGAAGGCGCUGAUUGAUCAAAACCACCAACAAGCGAGAGAGAUUCUGAUUCGGAACCCUCUUUUGACGAAAGCUCUUUUCCAGGCACAAAUCAUGCUCGGAAUGGUUCAGCCUCCUCAAGCGAUUCCGAAAGUGGAGCCGCAAAUUACUCAACAAUCUCAUCAAUCAAUCCCACAGAAGCCAAAUGUUCAAGCUCAUAUGUCAUCUGUACAAGAGCCAGCAGCUAUAAUGCAGCCAAAAGCCCCAAUUAGAAAACAUCCAACGCCACAACAACAAACAAUGCCUAUGCCUCCACCACCUUCUGUUUCAGCAACCAACAAUGCUCCUCCAUCACAGCCUCGUUUCUCGCAUCCCCAGCGUCAGGGACAUCUGAAUCCUGCUGCCACUUCUUUGUCACAUCCACAGUCUUCUCAAGUUCAAAACGCCCCUCCUCCUCCGGUUCAACAUCAUCCAACAUCCCAAACACCUUCCUUUCAUCACCUUGAUAUACCAGCUUCCUCGAAUCAGUUGCAGCAACAACAACAGCAACCAAUGCACUCUGGUGGAGGUUCUCAUCUGGCUCAACAACAGUCUAGGCCGUAUCAUCACCAGUUUGCACCGUCUCAAACUGGUCCAAACGCUGGGUUUCAGCACCAUGUCGCACCUCCUCAACAUCAUACUCAGCCCAUGUUUCAUUCAGGCAACAGACCCACUGCUUCUGCUGGACCUCAAUUCCCUCAGGGACAGUCACAUCUGCCUAGUCAGCCACCGUAUCAGGGAGGAGGUCAAUUUCGUGGAGAGUACAACAAUAAUAACCAGUUAGGAGGUCCAAUGACUGCAGACAGAGGUUCUUCUUGGAUGGCUGGCCAAUCAGAGAACUCAAACAUUCCUCAUCUCCCAGGCUUAGGACCGGUGCCUCCACCAAGCCAAGUUGGGCCUGGAGGCGGCCAACCACCUCGCCCUGCACCGAUAUCUUCAGAGAUGGAGAAGGCAUUGCUUCAGCAGGUGAUGAGCCUGACGCAAGAACAGAUCAAUCUGCUGCCACCAGAGCAGAGAAACCAAGUCUUUCAGCUUCAACAGAUGCUCCGACAGUGA